AUGAAUAUUAGAAAUUCCUUAAUCUUAAUUAUUUCAACAAUUUUAUUUUUUUCAAUUAUUAAUGGUAGUUUAUCAUUAGAUCCAACAUGUGUUGGUGCACCAGAUGGUCAAGUUUACUUAUUUAGUAGUUGGGAUUUCAAAGGUGAUCGUUAUGUUUACAAUGUCUCUCAAGGUUAUCUCUCAUUAUCUGAUGGUUUCCGUGGUAAUGUUCAAUCUUUUAUUAGUGGUGCUGAUGUGUGUUUUGUAAAAUGGUAUCCAAUAGAACAAUAUCAAAUCACUGCUGGUGAAUCACAUAGAAAUUAUGCUGCUCUCACUAAUUUCGGUCAAAGAAUGGAUGCUAUAAUUCCUGGUAAUUGUUCAAACAUUGUUUGCUCUCCAAAAUAA